UUUGUUUUGUAUCUAGAAUAUUCUGCUGUAAAAAUAGUGUGUUGAUAUAACUGUGAAAAUCAGCACUUGUACCUAGUGCAUGCAAUGUCUAGGUUACCUAGGCUGUAUAUCUCACUAUGGCUGAAGAACGAAAAUGGGAGAGAAAACUUGAAGAACAGAGCCACAGGUAUUCCGAGGAACAAAAAAUUACGGCAGCUACUUUCGAGCAUGUCGAUGAACCUCAGCCGACUGGUCGUUUCAAAGUGGAUGAUGCUAGAGCAUUGGUGAUUAAAACAGUUAUGAAAGCAACAGAAAGAAGAGAGUUUCAAAAGGAAUGCGGUAUUUUAAAGACUAAAUUAUAUGAGGGUGGAUCAGUCAAACAAGGUACAGCUGUACCUGGAUGCUUUGACAUUGACCUGGUGCUUUUCUCUAAAGAUUUGAAAUCGAUAGAUUGCAUUAAAAACAAAGGCUAUCCUGAGACACUUGAAAAAGUUGACGAGUAUUUCGAGAAACAAUUCCAAGAAAAGUAUCACUGUGAAGAUAAACAAGGAGUAACAGUGAAGUUCACAUACAAAUUGACUGAUGAUCGUAAAAUCACAGUGAAGCUAAGCUUCUCCUGCUACUGGGACCCUGGUAAGCCUGAAGAGCUUUUUGAUAUGCUUGAAACAAUCGACUCACAUGAGAUAAGAGAACUGUUCAUUCCUGGUACAUUCAAAAUGCAGUCUGACUUUAUUAAGUGUGUGGAUCCUGAAAAUCACCCUAGAGGAAAUCAUAGGACCUGCCAAAACAUACAUCAUCUGAUUAAAAGGGCAAAAAAGUGGAGAAACAAACAAGAUUGGACAGUCCACACUGAACAUGGAGAUCUACAUGGCGAGCCUGGCUCCUAUCUCAUUUCCUUGCUAGUGAUCACAGCACACUUUCAUGUCGAAGAGAAGUUCGGGGAAUACGGGUCCAAAACACAGCAUUUUAGGCAGUAUACAGCCAGAGUGACUGAUGAAUUCAAGAGAAUUGUUAAGCAGAUAGGAGAAAAAGAAGACUUUGGUCCAGUGCCUUUCAAAGCUAAAGACUCUGGGCUAAAGAUGAUCCGAGAGAAGUACUCUCACCUCCUUCCUGCUCCGUGGUGGCUGAUUGACCCGGCCAAUCCUGCCAACAAUGUGUACAUCAGUGGCAUGUCUGGUUGGAGGAAGGACAAAGGAUGGCAGGAAUUUGCUACGAAGGUGGACAACAUUGACCUCACCAUAGACGUCCAGCAGCAGUAGACACUUUACAAAGUGCUGCUAUACAUAAUAAUUAUAGGAUAUUCCAACAGCUGCAUGCAUAUUUGUAACCUUAGCUAUAUACUUACGCAUGCAUCAGUGUUUGUAUAAUUAUGGACCAGUGCAUGCAACUGUGUAUAUAUUAUCUAUAUGCUUCGGUGCGCAUGCGUAAGCGAGGUAUACGGUAGUGUGUUUGUGUGUGUCUGUGCAGAGUGCUACAGCUGCUCAAGGAUCAAUAAGUGCAAGUAAGAGUUUCUAGUCACGUUUUCUUCGAGUCAAUAAUGCUUUGUUCUCGAGUUAUGCCUAGUUUUGCUUACUUAAUUGGAAUGCAAGGCCUCGGGGAAGUAGAACCGAGCGGGGGAGAAGACAUUAAAAAACGAUGGGAGAUAUUUGCAAAGAAAAUUAAAACACUUAAUCUUGUGAUGAACAUCACAUAGGUCAUUUAUUAGCGAUGUCAGACCGAUUUUCAUUUUUGCUAUUUCUAACUCCUAUGUAUUACUAUCUCUUUUGAACACUCUAGGCAAACCAGAAAAACUGCACUGGAUUUGGUCAAGCAAAUGCAGAGAUACAGCGUUUUGAAGAACACUAGUCAGGGAAAAAUUCGUACAAAAAUUUACCGCAUUUUAAUGUACUUGGGCGGGACUUAUGAAAUUUGUUGUUAAUACCGGAAAUGAUCUUAAAGUUAGCAUAUCUGCUGAACCGCUUGGUCUAUUCUCUUUUAAAAAAGUAUGAAAUGGACACUCAGGACUCAGGAGUUAACAUUAUAACCAUUUGAUAUCUAUUAUGAAGUUUAUAAUGUUUCUGUAAUGUAUAUCUUUAUGAUGUCCCUAUAAUAGUAUCAAGAGUGCAUAAGAGAAGAGUGUCGAACUACUGAUACUUCUACACAAACACUGUGCACAAAGUAACGUGACAUCCUGUCAAUUGCACGUGAGCAACUCGCAAUUGAUGACGUUUGCGCAUAAUUACGCAACGCACAAAAGUUGUUAAUAGUGAGUAAACAGUGCAAGUGAAGAGGAUCAACUCGACUAUUGUCUCUAUUUAGAUGAUUUUUGUGAAGAGAUCGUCUCCUAUCAGUGUGCAGUGAGCAGCUCCACAAGCUCUGAACGUUGAACGGGAACAACUAGCUAGAAUUGUUCGAUUACCACACCCCUAAAAACGUCACGGUUAACAUUUACUAGGAGAUUACUAGUAAAUUUACAAUACUUUAUCACGUGCGAGUCAUGUUACUUUGUGCACAGUGUUUGUGUAGAAGUAUCAGUAGUUCGACACUCUUC